AUGAUCACCAUCACCGUUGGUGCUGCUGCCGCUGGAGCUGCGAUCACGGCAUCGCAGAAUCCCAGGCAUCCGAUUCUGGGCUGGAUCUCCAGUGAGCAUUCGUCUCUGUUACCUUGGGGAUCUAUAACUCUAGCCGACGCUAGCUCCGAAUCUAUUGUUGAAUCGAAGACUGGUUUCUCAUUUUCGAUUACAAUAGAAGAUUCCCAGCGAUUAGUAGGCGUUGGGCUGAGGAAGAAGAGCUUACUGGGAUUGAAGAACAUCGAUAUCUAUGCCUUUGGUGGACAAGACAGAGUCGAUCAUUGGAGUUGUGGACGCAAAGCGGUGGACAAUGAUAGUGUGUACGAUACUAUCAUUGAAGUUGUGGACACCGUGCUGUGGACAUAAGUGUGUGGAUAUAACAGCGUGGACAUGAUGGUGUUGGUUUGUAUGAAUAAGGUGGACAAGACAGUGUCGAUCAUUGGAGUUGUGGACGCAAAGCGGUGGAUAUGAGGGCGUGGAUAUAACAGCAUAGACAUGAUGUUGUUGGUUUGUGGACAAUGAUAGUGUGUAAGAUACUAUCAUUGAAGUUGUGGACACGGUGCUGUGGACAUAAGUGCGUGGAUAUAACAGCGUGGAUAUGAUGAUGUUGGUUUGUAUAUACCGAUAAGCUCUGUUCACAAAGAACAAGAAGCCGAAAAAAAGAAAAAGCAAGAGAGAACAAGAAAAAACAAUAACAAAGAAAAUGAAAGAAGAGCCAAAGCUGCGCUUUCGCUAUUAAAAACCCAGAAAAAAAUAUUAAGGGUUUUCAUAAAGAAAAUUAAUAAAGGAUAGAAUUGGUAUUUCAUAAUCUAAAAAACUCUCAAAGUCCCUCAAUAUCAACAAGUGUCUUUGGAUAUAAACAAAAACUCAUAAAUACCUAUGAGUGUAAAUCACUCCAAAAAAGUAUCCUUAUAUUUUAAUCUCCCAAGUUACAC